AUGGAUUUUUUCUCGCCCACUCGCGGGCCCCAUCACGAUCACGCACAUGGCACUGAGGCACCAGUCGACAAUGGAGACAAUGGAUCCGACAUGUCGAUCACGCUUGAAUUGCCGGGUUUGAAACAUGCUCGAUCGCCAGCGAGACGCAUGCAGGAACAAAGCUACGCUGAAUCGCGACCCACACAAAGACGACGACUCACUUUGGAACAACUUGGCGACAAUGACAAUACUGAAUCUAGUUUUCGAACUGCCAAUGAGGAAGUCAUGAAGAAUGUGGACGUGCUACAUGAGAUCUUGGACGACGAUUCAGAUAUGGAACUCACACAGCCAAUAACCACUGAGCAACCUAGUCGACGUGAUCAUACUACACCAGGUUCAACGCAUGAUUCUAUCACACAAGCUUCACCGUUUGCAAAUCGUGUAUUCUCAGGCGUACCAGAAGGCGACAGAGAUCUCUUAAGCCCUAUUGCUGCAAGGGGUAUCCGUUCACCACAAGCAUUGUAUUCUCCACGUCGUACAUUUUUCUUGCAUGGCAACAAUGCACCAAGGAGUCAUCCAUCACCUAUGCGACCUAUACCAACAACAACAACAACAACGACACCAGCAGCAUCUCCUCUUCGUCAUCGUCCUCCUCCAACACCUACUAGGGACUCACCAUCGAUCACCAAUCGAACCCGUAUGAGUGCUUUGCCUACCACACCACCUCGAUUUACAGCUGCCACACCACCUCGCUUGAGAGCAGCUACACCUAAAUCAUCACUAUCACCUCGUCGUUACAGUGCUUCUUCUCGAUCAUCCAUAUAUACCCGCCGUACAGACGACCAAAGUGUCAACUUGGAUGAAAUGAUGGAUCGCGUAAUAUCCAAUGAGGAUCAGAAUAUGAACAUCUUUGACGAGGAAUAUUCCCAGCUUUACAGUUCCGUCAAUGGAAGCAUUAUCGAUGAAGAGGAGGAUAAACAAUCAAUAGGUGUUCAAAGCAUGGAUCUGAGAGCAUUUCUACGCCAUGUGGGUGUCCUGUUUGAUCCGUUAGACCCACUUGAAGAUAUGGUGCGAACAACGGAGCCCCAGAGUAUCCAAGGACCUAUCUCACCCUCCAGGCAGGGAAUUACUGCAGCGACAUCCAUGAAAGAGUUAGAGGCAUACAAAGAGUAUAGUGUUCGACUCAAGGAACUCGUUCAAAGUGGGAAUACCGAGAAAAUGGGAAAAGACACAGCUACAAAGUACAAUGCCAUUAUUGCAGAGUAUUUCGAUGGCGAUAAGGAUACCAGAUAUUUAAUGCAGAAAUCGUUGAAAGAUAUGUGGGAUCUUACAAGAUCGGAAGCACAUUGCACGUUAUUGGAAUGGAAAGAGUCGAUAUAUCGUCAACUACUUGAGGAGACGGAGGAGUUGCUACAACAAGUAUCAGAGGAUGAACGGCAGUUGGCCCAAUAUGAGACAUUUUUACAAUCCAAGACGUCCUAUGUUCAAUCACACAAUACAAGGCUCAAAGAACAGCUGGCCGAUGCAAGGAAAAGGCAAGGGAACCAUACUUAUACUGAGCCAGAUCCUUUUUUGAUCGACGAUAUCCAUGACAAAGAGAUGCUGCUGAAAGAAACCACUACUUUCAAGGAACAAGUGACAAAGGAAGAAGAAAGCAUUAAGCAAGAAUUAGAAGCCUUGGAGACCAAAAUGGCACAACUCAACACAGAUAUCGCGAACGCAAUGGAUAAGCCUGAAUUGAAGAAGCAUGCCACUCGACACGACCUUGAAGAGGCUAAGAGUGAUCUUGAGCAACACUGUAGAGUGUGUGGUUGGAAGCUGCUGGAUUAUUCGGAUGAAAUGAUUACGAUUGCAUUCACCAAAGAUGUCAGCAUGAAAAUGAAACGGCAACAAGGAACAAAUGAGAUCGACUUUUCGAUUGACAGCGAGGGACAAAAGAAGUUUGGCGUAUUCAGCUACUUGAUAUUGCACGGCCUGAAUGAGAUUGUGAAAUCAGAUCGGUGGAAUGUAAAACGAAUGAUGGAUAAGAUAGGCUUAUUUACGAAAUGGGCUGCAUUGAUGCAUCAACAAAUCGACAACGUGGGACGACGAUUCUGGUUCAAAUUGGAAAAGAUCGGUGAUGGAUCAAUCAAAGGCAGCUUUGAACCUGUCAGCAUGAACGCUCGAGCCAAGUUUUCAGUAACCUUAUGGAUACAACCUUCAGACGUGAUGAACUUUCCAGCUAUCAAUCUCGAUAAUGUAAACAUACAAAGGAGUUAUGGAUCAGCUAGUCAGGAACAAUUGGAACAAAAAGGCCGUGAGCUUUUGGAAGAGUAUGGAUUCAUUCAUUUGAGCGAUACAUUAAAAGAGAUGCUCGCAUUGCUCGAGUCAUGA